UAAUCAAGCCUGAAGCAUCCGGACUCGAGCACGAAGGAGGGGGGGGAUCAUCAUCCAUGGCCAGAAGUCUCGGAAACAAACGGCCCCUCCGCCUCCUGACUCGGUUCCUCGACUCACCGAGUAGCCACCGUUACCUGCCGACCAGCUCCUCCUCCUCCUCCGCCCGGUCCCUGCAAACCCUAGCUUACGAAGAGGUACCCCCUCCUCCCUCCGGCGACGGUCCCGCCGCCCCGACGGCAUUCGUGCUCCACGGCCUCCUGGGCUCCGGCAGGAACUGGAGGUCUUUCUCUCGCUCCUUGGCCUCCACUCUCUCCGCCGCCUCCCCCUCCCUCCGAUUGGAGGAUGGUUCUGGUGGAUUUGAGGAACCACGGGAGAUCGACCGAGCUGGGGGCUUCGGCCCGCCUCACGACAUGUUCAGCCCGCCAGGAUCUGGCCGAUCUGGUGAAGUCUCGAGGCUGGCCCGGACGCCGUGA